AUGAAGAAAUAUAAACUUAGAGAAGCAGAGACGGCCAGACAGCGAGAAAGAGAUAAAACAGAAUUUCGGCUUAAGAGCCAAGAAUUAGAUUCGACGACUAGAAGUAGAGUGUAUAAUCGAAGAGUAGCCGAUGAUGCUGGUGAGGAUAAUGAUACAGUUAAAGUAAUGCAACAAACUCCAUUUUUUGCGGAGUCAUUAAAACACCUAAUAGGAACUUGUCCGUUAGAAUCCAGAGAUAUUCCUGCUUUCUUUGAACAUGUUUUGUUUAUUUUACUUCACAACAAGAAUUACAGUACUCCUAUUUUGCUUUUUGUUCGUUAUUUGUUCAUUUUCGGCCAAAAUGACUACUUUAGUUCAACUGAUGUCAGGGAGAAAAAAAGAAAGUUCAGUAGGGGAGACUGGGGUCGAAUGGACCAGGACAUAUGCGUCAUGUGUGGUGAGGCUGGCCGAGACAACGAAAUGUGGUUUCGUUGCAGAAAUUGUGCCAAGUGGGCUCACGAGCUCUGCACGAGUGUUUCUAGUGCAGUUGAUUACAUUUGCGAAUUUUGCAUACAUGAAUAA